AUGAAGGUUUCCACCAUUCUCUACUUGAUGGGCAUAACCAGCCUCGUGUCUGCCGCACCCCAGGAAGACGACAAGCCGGAAGUCCCUGCGUUCCCCAGCUUCUCCCGCCGCCCAGUACCAAGCUACUCGCGCGUACCGCUCCCAAGCUUUUCGCGCGGCCCUAUCCCUCUUCCUACCGCCCUUCCUCCCUUUCCGACCGGAGCACCACCUCGUCCUACUGGAGGUCUCCCCCCUCGUCCUUCAUCGCCCGUCAGUGAGCCGCUCAUUCGUUAUCUCGGUCCGCCCUACGCCUUCGGCUCGCCCUUCUCGCUCAGCUAUUCCUGUGCCUUCUCCUCCCACUAG